AUGAAAGCAGUUUUUCCUACAGAAAAAGCUGUACAUGAUCAUUUUGAAGAUCUGCUUCGUAUUCUAUCUUAUGAGCCCUUAUAUGCACAAAUAAGAAUCAAACGCUCAAAUGAUGAAACAGUUCUAGUGGGCUCCAGUUUAAUAUAUUUUUUGUUCAUAGUACAAAUGAGAAAUAUGGAUUGGCUUUCUGAUUUAAAUACAACAUUAAAAAAUACUAUGGUAUCUAUAAUUGACGCCUCAAUUAAUGAUGAAGUGGCUAUGUGUUGUUAUGGUGUACUAUGCGAAAUCCUGACUGAUGAGGAAUCGAAAGAUUUAAGCAUAUCAGAUAAUAUUUGUAAUUAUUUUCUUCAAAUGCUCGAAGAUAUUUGGAAUAAAACGAAGAAGAAGUACGAACAUGUACCCAUAAUGAUGUUGCUCAAAGGUUUUCAAACGCUAUCAAAAAAUGACUCAAUGCAACAAGAGACUGCUGUCUCAAAUAGAAUACAUAUAUUUAUCGAAAUUUGCGAUGAAUAUCCAAUUGCAUACGAUGUAAUCUGGGCGCUAUCAUUCAAUAAAGAUAUUCAACAACAACUGCGUUCUGAUUCACCAUUUAUAUGUAAACUCACUCAACUAUCUCGACAACCAGAGAAUGAACAAAUGAGUAAAAUAAUUGAUGGAAUUCUAUGGAAUCUUGAAAUCAAUCACGAAAAUCGUUCAAUGAC